AUGAUAGAUUCACUGAAAAAUUACCCCGAUUCAAUUUUAAAGGAAGUAAGAGACGCCACCAGAAACGAUGAAGAGCUGCAAGAAUUAUUGUCUGUAAUCAAGGAAGGAUGGCCUGAUCGCAAAGACAAAAUUCCGGAAGUAUUAAAGCCUUACUUCGAUUUUAGAGAUUCCAUGAGUUACCAAGACGGCAUCAUUCUAAAGGGAACUCGUAUACUGAUUCCUAGUAAACUACGAAAUUCCAUCAAAACGAAACUUCAUGUAGCUCAUCUUGGUUACGAUAGCAUGAUGCGACGAGCAAGAGAUGCAAUAUUUUGGCCGGGGAUGUCGAAAGAAAUAAAGCAAAUGGUCAAUUCAUGUGACAUUUGCCAGCAGUAUAAACCUCGAAAUCAGAAGGAAUCUUUGAUGGAUGUUGAUGACGGAGGCAGACCCUGGAAUAAAAUUGGAUUAGAUUUGUUUGAGAUUGUUGGAAGAAAUUAUUUAGUCAUUGUUGAUUAUUAUUCCUCAUUCACUGAAGUAGAGUUUCUAACGUCAACAACUUCAAAUCAUGUGAUAGCGAUAAUCAAGAAGAUGUUUGCUAGAUACGGUAUUCCUACCCAAUUAGUGUCCGAUGGAGGACCGCAAUUCAGCUCGUUUCAGUUUAAAGUUUUUGUUAAAGAGUGGGGUAUAGAGCACAGGAUGUCAUCUCCGGGACAUCCUCAAGGAAAUGGGAAGGCUGAAGCGGCAGUUAAAAUAGUAAAAAAUAUGAUGCAGAAGACGCAUGCAGAUGGUAAAGAUCAAUAUUUGGCGUUACUAGAGCUGAGAAAUACACCACGUCAAGACUCUAACUUGAGUCCAGCUCAGAUGAUGUUUGGACGUAAAUUACGGUCGAUAAUUCCUGAAAUUAUGAAAUAUUGA